CUUUAUGGUGCAUACCAGCGUUUGAGUCUCUCCAGUGAGGUCAUAAAGAUCACAUCAUUAAGACUAAAACAUCGGGCUUCUGGUUUCUUAUUUUGAAGCAUGCAUGUUCAAGCAGUUUGAAAAAUAUACUACUCAGCCCACAUCUAAAUGUAUUGACAAGGAGAGCAAGUUUCCUGAACACAAAGCGCAUCGUAGAGAGCGAUAUUUAUUGAAGAUACCAUGGAGAUUCUGAUGCGGAUUACCUGUUCCAUGUUGUUUAUAUCAGGUCUUCUGGUGGGCCAGGGUGAAGCACAAAGACCACAAAUCACACUCCCUGGAACUACCACGAGGCUGACAGGGAUCUAUAUCCCAUUCAAUGAAUCUCAAUACCUCAAUGUCGACACCAGGAUGGAAGCCUUUCUAGGCAUCCCGUUUGCUGAACCACCGGUGGGAGAACUUAGAUUAAAAAAUCCUAUUAAGAAAGGUGACCUAGGUAGGACCUAUUUGGCAAUAACUGACAGACCACAGUGUCCACAGACAUCUCCGCUUGAUGAUAUACCUGGCAACCCAGGUAUUGGAAGAGACGUCGAUGAAGAUUGUUUAUAUCUUGCUGUUCACACAAGUUCUCCUCGGCCUAUUACUGCACCUGUUGUAGUCUGGUUUCACGGCGGUGGAUAUUCCACAGGUGCCGGUUCUGCUACCCUCUAUGAACCCCUUCCAAUGAUUGCACUCGCUCCCGACAUCGUCUUUGUUACCGUCAACUACAGACUAGGUGUAUAUGGUUUUCUCACAACCGGUGACAGCGUUUCUCCGGGAAACUAUGGAAUGUUUGAUCAGGUGAUGGCUCUAGAAUGGGUUCAAGAUAAUAUUGUUGCAUUUGGUGGUGAUCCUAGUAGGGUGACGAUAAUGGGUGAAAGUGCUGGGGCAUCUAGCGUUGGACUUCAUCUGAUGUCACCAAUUAGUGUUGGGUUAUUUCAUCAAGCUAUUAUGCAGAGUGGUAAUGCAUUGUGUCCUUGGGCGGUCGAUACGGACAUCGGCCGUCAAGUCGGUUUUACCAGAGAGAUUGCGGACCAAGUCAACUGUACUGACAUCGACAGCGAACUGCUAAUCGAGUGUUUAAGAGAUGUAGAUGAACCUGUUUUGACACAAGCUCAGGCAUCCCUGACUUUAAAGUAUCUUACCAACGAGCUGCUAUUCACCCCCGUCGUGGAUCAGGUUUUUAUCCCCGACCUGCCCGUCGAAAUCCUCAAACGUCAGGAAUUUCAGAGUGUCCCGAUGCUCACUGGGACAAACGAAGACGAAGGAACCCUGAUAACUCUCCGUGCUUACCCUAGUUAUGUCUUGAGACAGAUCCCUCCAACGGUGACCCGAGAGGACUUCACCGAGCUCUUGCCCGACUAUCUCUUUUAUUACACGCCGAUGUUUGCUACAGCUGUAGAACAGUGGUACCUUGACUGGACACAGGCCGAUGAUUCUACAUCCAAUCAAGUCAACGCGUUUAUAAACUUAAACACGGAUCAGAUGUUUGCAUGUCCAACAGAAGCAAUGUCGAGAGCCAUGUUGGAGACAGGAGCCCCUGUCUACCGGUAUGAAAUGACACAUGACCCUACCUCGUCAAUAUUCAUAGGACUACCUGGAUGGCUAGGAGCAGGUCACGCUGAAGAAUUGCAAUACGUGUUCGCUUGGGGACUAAAUCAAGAUUUACCAGAUGUUUUGCGGGAGCAGACCAAUGAGGAGAAGUCAAUGUCUAUUCAAUUUAUGCAGUAUUGGGCCAAUUUCAUACGAACUGGAAAUCCAAAUGGAGAACAACCUUCUGGUGAAUAUCCUGAAUGGCCAAGAUACACUUUACCAGAGCAGAACUACAAGAAACUAUCACCUAGCAUGGAGAACGGUCGCGCUAUGAGGAUGAACAACUGUACUUUCUGGCUUCAUUAUGCCCCUGCACUAAACUCGUAUGGAGACUUUUCUGGAUUAUACAAGGAAUGGGAACAGGAGUACACACAGUGGAGAGAUGUCCAUAUGGUCCAAUGGACGGAUGCGUUUGACGAAUACAAGAGUAACGAACAAUGUGGAGACCCUUAAUGGGACCGACGUCUUUUUUUGUUUACAUUGGACAUGUUGGAAUUUACCUGCAGUAAUAUGGUAGCUGCGUGGGGUUCAGCCAAAUAAGCCGUCCCAUCAUAGACAUUAAUGUCGAGCAAUGUAAAUUGAAUAAUGCCUUUGCAAAACUGACACGAGAAAUUGAAUACCAGGGGCAUCAUAACACCUAUUGCUCAUAAAACGCAAUUCUACUUUGGAUGAUGACAAUCUAUACUGGGUUAACUUAUGUCAAUUUCUGAUAAUCUUUGAAACUCGGGGAUUCAGAUUUUCAAAAUAUUACUUAGCAUACCUGGAAAUGCGUCUAAUAGCACAUUAACUUCAAUCGUUCAUUAAACAGACGUUGAUAUCAUUAUCUUCUCUUGUUAUAUCACUGGA